CUUGAUUUGUUUACUAUGUCUCAUAUCUACCAACCAAUUAUCAAGAAGAAAGAGAGAAAAAGGAAAGAGAAAAGCCAACGAACAUUUUUCACACGCAAACUGUAAAAAUUUCUGGGACUUGGAAAAGAAUUGGCCACUUAAAUCAGCUUAUCCGAACUCCCUUUUUGCAGAAUAGAUGGCCACUUUGAAGUGUUUCUUGAUAACGGUCACCGUAGUUUACGCAGUUGCAUUGUUUCUGGUUCCACGAACUGCGUAUUCCAUUCCCUUUGUCGUCUUCCAUGGAAUCUCGGACAGCUGCAGGAAUAGAGGAGUCGCACAUUUUACCACUCUUCUUAGUAAUUGGUCUGGUUCGCAGGGAUAUUGCAUCGAAAUUGGAAAUGGUGCAUGGGAUUCAUGGACAAUGCCCUUCUUUAAACAGACAGCCAUUGCUUGUGAGAAGGUGAAGCAAAUGAGUGAGCUCAGUCAAGGUUACAACAUCAUCGGGCUCUCCCAGGGUAAUAUGGUUGGCAGAGGAGUCGUUGAGUUCUGUGAUGGAGGACCUCCUGUGAGAAAUCUUAUAUCUCUGGCAGGUCCACAUGCUGGCAUAGCAGCUGUCCCCCUAUGCGGAUCAGCUGAGGUUUGCAUUCUAGUGGACCUUCUGAUCGAGUUGGCAAUUUACAGCAAUUUUGUUCAGGAACACUUGGCCCCUGCUUCCUACAUCAAGAUUCCCACGGACAUAGAUGCGUACAGAAAAGGAUGCAAGUUCCUCCCUAAGCUUAAUAAUGAAAUAUACAAGAAUUCCACGUACAAGGAGCGCUUUUCUAGCUUGGAGAACUUAGUGCUUAUCAAGUUCGAGAAGGAUGACAUUCUGGUCCCAAAAGAGACCUCUUGGUUUGGAUAUUUUCCAGAUGGUUCUUGGGACACCGUCUUACCUGCACAAGAGACGACCCUCUAUACCGAAGAUUGGAUUGGCCUGAAAACAUUGGAUGAAGCUGGGAAAGUGAAGUUUGUAAGCGUGUCGGGUGGUCAUCUUGAAAUUUCUUACAGCGAGAUGAAAAAAUACAUACUCCCUUACUUGGUGGAAAAUGCAAAUGUACAGGCAAGACUGUCAGAAUCAUCUCAUUCUUGGUCCCGGUCUGGCCAUCAGACUCAGACUCUCAACCUCUAUGCUUCACAUUGAAGACAUUAAUUUUCUUGAGUACAAGUAAAAAUAAAUAAACAAGAAUGAUAUUAUUUUUUACUAAUUCUUAAUCAUUAUAAUUAGUUACUCUGAUUGAAAUCGGGUUUUUCACGGUUCUUAUUACUUUUGUAUGACUACUUUGUAUCACUUUUUUGCUAUGUUAAUUUUUCAUCUAUAAUUA